CCUUGUACGCGCGUGAUGCGCGGACGUACGCGUUGCAAUUGUGCGAUAGAGAGAGAGAGAGAAAUAGAGAGAAAGACAGACCGAGCUGGCUGCGUCGUCGUCGGUCGCUGGUUUCCGCGACAGCGGUACGUACGCGCGAAACGAUUCUCUGUCGUGCGACCCGGAGAGGGAACGCGGGGCACGCGUUAAGCGCGCGGCACGUCGUAGGAUUACGCGCAAAGUAAACACGCGCGAGUGCGCGCGCGCGCGCGCGCGGACGCGAGCGAGUGAGCGAGCGAUUUGGGCAGGAGGCAGACGUGUAGCGUACAAAGUAACAUCCCGCGAUCCCGAGUGUAGUCGACAGUCGGCAGUCGGUGUGGUGCCCGACGAUCGGAUUCUUCAUCGAAUCGCCUGACAGGCGGCAAGUGAGCUGUCGCGUACGCGCUAGGAGGCGACCUGCGGCGCCAGGCUAUCGCGCGAAGAAGUGAGAAACGUGCGUUCGGGGGUUCGGCCGAGACCUACGUUCGGACGACUACGUUGACAGUGGCAUCGCACGGGCGGACGCACCACCGCGUCCGUGCCGCGCCGGGCGGCUCGUCCCUUAGCUUGCAUGCCACGCUUCGACACGAGGAUCGGACCUCCCUGCUGGCGUCUCGUCGUGCUUCUCGAGAUGAAAAUUGAAACGUCCCAAGAUAUGACGUAGGCAACGGCAGGUGUGUGAAAAAUCGCCUGAGCGGCCGCCAUGAAUCUCGUGCCGUAGUUGUUAAGCGAUGUUAGUGACUGCCUCCCCGAUGGACAAUUCGCCGAACACGCUGUCGGUGGUCGAGGAGGAGGCGACGAACGUCACCGACAUCGACGACGCGUUCCCACCUCAUGUCGACACCAGCAACAUUGUCAUCCAGCCGGAGUCGCCUACCAGCAAGAAGCAGACGCUGAAGACUUUCGCUGAGGUGAACACGUUGCUGCAGGCCGGCAGGAAGCGGGAGGCGAAGCUGAUCAUACGGGAGAACGCCUGGCCACUUAACAACGGCAUCAGGUCGCAGCUCUGGCCGGCGCUCUGCGACCAGCACGCGCUCGGCAAGAACAUGCUCGACGGAUUCUAUUGGGACAUGGUGAACCAGGUUUUUGGAACGACAGAAUUACCAGAAAAAUCAAUUAUGCUACCGCCGUUCGUCGAUAGUACGCAUUGCUUGUCUUACAAUUUGACAAGAAAAGGCAGAAACGUGGCGGACAGAAUUGUAUCUGUACUGGGAUACGCUUGUCCUGACAUCACAUAUAGCCCAUCCCUUUAUCCGUUAACUGCGCUUCUCUUGCAUUUUGUGCCAGAGGAGGAAUGUUACCACUGUAUGGCUACUUUGGUAGCUGCCAAAGAGAAAAUGUUCAUCACGCAAACCAAACUCCUUUAUGAAGUUACGUGGAAAACGGUAGAACAAAUCACUAAGAAACACGUUAAAUCAGCUGCUGUACAUUUAGCGAGACAUUGCUCCGGCUCAAGAGCAGAAAGAAUCUACAUGGACUGGAUCUGGUGGAUUCUUCAACUUCUUCCAUUUCAACAUCUAGUCAGGGUUAUGGACUGUUUUCUUCAUGAAGGCAUUAAGGUCUUUUAUCGGGUUGCUAUGGCUAUAGUUUUAUUAUUUUAUAAGCACUCUUCGCCGCAGAAUUCUGAAUGGAUGAAUGAGAUUUCGAAGAAUGGGAUAGAUGCUGCUCUAUCGAAAUUCUGCAGACAAAUGCCAGUGACACCCGCUAAAUUUCUGCGCACCGCUUUUGGGAUACGCGGACUCAGCUCAGCAUAUAUAUCACGAGUAUUUCUGCGCACGGAAAUGGCUCUCAAGAGCAAGAGCGUCCUGACAGGGCCCCGAUCCUUAGCCAGGUCACGUUCGACAGACAAUCUACCCACCAGCCAGUCCCAAGUCAACAUUCAGAUGAUGUCACACACACUCACAAUACGAGAAAAAGAAUGUGAAGACACGUACAAAGACAGGGGCGCACACAGUCCUGGACCACGCGCCCUAUCAAUGGGCGUUUACCCCAUACAAAGUAUAUGCUCUCAGAUCCUAGACAUGCCUGAUUUGUUUACCCUAUGGUCAUGGCUACCGAUGAGGAUCACGAUGUACCAGCCCAUCUUGUUAUACACGACCGAAGAACAUGGAUGUUCCUUGACGACGUUCUAUGUGCGAGUUGAGCAACAUGAACCGACCCUUCUGAUGAUAAAAACCUGUAAUAAUGAGGUAUUUGGAGCUUACUGUUCUACUAGAUGGUGCGAACGUAAUUUGAAAGAUGAUAAAGGUCAAAGACAAGCAUACUUUGGUACCGGUGAGACAUUCCUGUUCAGUUUAUAUCCUGAACGAGCCAAGUAUCCUUGGGUAGGGAUGGAUUCAUCGCACAAUGAUUCCAGAGUACAUCAUUCAGCCGAGCUAUUUAUGGCUGCUGAUUCGAAGAUGAUAACGAUCGGUGGCGGGGACGGUCAGGCGAUCUGGAUGGACGAGAAUAUAAGAUUCGGCAAGACGGAUCGGCGUUCGACUUUUAACAAUCCACCCCUCUGCGCUAGUGGUGACUUCGAGAUUAGAGUGUUGGAGGUGUAUGGCUUCUCUGGUGCCUGAAGAGGGAAGAAACAGCGGUGUAUAUUAGUUUGUUUUAUUCCCUACUGCCAUUUAGUGACUCUCUUUCUACAUAUACGUACUAAACACUGUGUUAUAUGUCAUGAAUGUCUCCGCGUAUCAUUCUCUCUUUAGUAAAUUCAUAUGCAAGGAACAUGCGAGAUUUGCCCCGACAUUACAUAAGAGGACAAAAAUAUUUCAUAUGAUUGUAUACAGAAAUAUUUUGCAUUUUAUUACAUAUCAAACUUAAAUCUUAUUAGAUCUAGAUUUGUAAUAUUGAUUCUAGUGUGCGACUGCAAAAAAAAAAAGAUUAAGAAAGUAUUAUAUAACGUAAUAAGUUGAUCAAGACAGAUAAUAGUUAAGUAAGACAAAAUAAUAAUAGGUAAUUUAUAAAUCAAUCAGUUGAAAAAUUUUUAAGUAUUAACAAUAAAAUGAAUAUAUAAAGCAAAUAUCCUUCUCUUGUAUACGGAUAAUCUGAACGCAGUCAAAUAAAGUAUUUUUGUCUUUUUAGAUCGAACAAAUUUCACAAAGUACAGUGCGUCAAGAUACACUCUACAAAAUAGCAACUACUUACGACAAUUAUUGCCAGCUGUACAUCUACCGACUAUCGGUGGCAAUAAUUGAUGAAGUAAUCAUCGAUUCAUGUAUGACUUAAAAAAUAAUUAUAGUGAUGACUUUUUCAGAGCAAUUGUGCGUCAAUGAUAUAAUUGUCAAGUAUUGUUGGUAGUGAUUAAUCGAUAGUAAUGACUUAUAAAUUCAUAAAACGUCUUGUGAGUCUAUAAGUAUACUUAUAUUAAGAAACAAUUAAAGCUACGUUUCUCAAAACAGGUAGCUUGUCGUAAUGAUCAUUGUCGGUGGUGUAGUUGCAAAAUAUUGUAGGCAAUAUUUCAACAGCUUUGGAUAUUUGUUAAUCCACACACGACAAAUAAAACGACAUGUUUCUAUUAAUAAAAAAUACUGUCUUUUUGAAGACAUUCCUUGGUAUAUUACCUUGGUAUAUCAAAACAUAUAUAUCCAUGAUUGCCUACAUAAUAGUAAUAUUGCUUAUAAAAAUAUAUCGAGACGAGAAAAGAAAGACUAGACCUUUUGGCGUUUUCUCUGCCGCUUGAGAUUAUUCUUUUUUGUCGUCUCUUUCACUUAGCAUGCAAUGAUCAUUCUUAAUUUUGUAUGUAUAUCUAGACGACUCGAUGGCGGGUGACUCUUAAAUAAAAUUCAACAUCAGAUAAAUUUUGAUCUGCAACAUUAAAAUUCGCUGUAUUUCAAAAUUUAUUCUUAUUCAUUUUUCUGAUCACGUCAAUAUAAUUGAAACAAUGCCAUCAAUUCUGUUGCUUGAAAGAUUAGACAAAAAAUGUAUUCAGACAAAGAGCAUGCAGUGUGUGUGUUUUGAGUAGAAAAAAAUACUCUUUCGAAAUAAUCCCAUUUAUUUCUUUAUUCCUUUAGAUAGAAUUAAUUUAUUUUCGUUUACAGCAUCAACACCAGACUGUUUAAUUUCUUUUGUUCUAAAAUAAAGUGAUAUUACUUAUUUUGAUUGCGAGCUAUUAAUAUUCUGCUCUAAAAAGUUAUUCAUAGUGCCCAUACUUUGCACACAAUAUUUGUUAAACAACUUUUCUUUUAUUUUUUUACGGAUCUGCAAUCUUAGAAGUUGUAGAGUUUGCCCGUCGUUGAGAAACAAAACGAAACAAUAUAUAUUAAUCCGUAAAAUUUAGCCAUUUAUUGCGAACCGAGCUUCGACAAUAAGCUACGUUGAAGGCCAUAUAGUCGCGAUGCGAAAUUCGCGAUUUUUCGUAUGUAUAUAUAUAAAGAGCACGCUGAUUCGUUUAAGCGAAUACUUAAUAUUCAUUGAAACUAGGAAUUAUUGUUAUAUGUGUGUAUAUAUAAUACAGUGUAUGUGUGUUUUAUUUAUAUGUGUAUAUGUUAUAUAUAUGUAAAAAACACAUGUACUGUGUGUAUAUGCGCCUGUGUAUAUACGUAUAUAAGUAUACAUAUAUAUAUGUGCAUGUGUGUACCGUCUCGCAGAUCGUUUCAACUGCGCUUGUCGUUAAUUUCGUUAUUGAUGUUCGUGUACACGCACAUCUAUUGUAAUGAUUAUUUAUCUCUUACUGUUGUUAUCUGUAGCUUUAAUAAAGUUGUUAGAAGCGGAAGAAUCCAGAUUUUGUUCAUAAACAAAACGUUACACGCGCACACACAAAAUACAACACACAUACACACAUGUACACAUGCCGUAAGCUGCGCGUAUAUGUAUAUGUAGAUUGUAUACAGGAUGGACCAUAAGUAUGUCAAAUUUGUGUUAAGAAUUAUGCGGAAUGAAGUGAAAAAGUUGCCGAAACUACGAGAGAUAACCAUUUAUUUAUGUGAGAACCGAAAAAUGUUUGUAUGUUAACCGGGAAUGUUUAUUAGUUCUUUAACAUUCAAUAUAAUAUUCUAAUUAUUGCAGGAAAAGUGCGACGUUUUGAAAUGAAUUCAGCUCAACGCUAGAUUGACUUUAUGUUAGUGUAAAUAAAAUAAAAAUGUAUAUGUGUAGGAUUGUUGAAUAUAAUCUGAAGGUCUAAGAAAAUAUAAUUAUUUAAGUAUUCAACAAUCCCGAUGAUCUCCAAGUACAGAAUUAUAAAUUCGUAAUCUAAUCUAUUAAUUUGCAAUUAAUUUUCAAUGCGAAUUAAUUGAAAGAUUGUGCUUCACAAACUAUUUACAUUCGCAAAAUUGGACAUUUAUAUUACAAUAGUUAAUUUUUAAUAUUGGUGUUUGUUCAUUAAAUUUUCUGAUGAAAAUUCGCAUUGAAAGUAUUAACCCUUAACUCGAAUAUUUACGAUUGGGUUCUUAGCUAUUAUAUUUUUCAUGAAGAGAAUAUAAGAGUAUACACGUUUGAAUAGUGAUUAUUAUUUUUUAAUUGCUCAAUGCUUACGUAGAAUCCAUAUUUAUAAUAAUUUCGUAAUUAGGAUAUAAUCUUGCCAAUCUUAUAUUCUAAUUAUAAAAUUAUUACAAAGGUGUCGUUCUAAGUAUACAAAAAUAUUAUAUACAUCAUUAUAAAUUCGAUUUGUAAAACAAGAUAUUUAUAAAUAAGGUAGUGUAUCGAAAAUAUACUCUAGAAAAUAAUUUAUGUUGUAUAAAAUAUAUUUAUUUUGUAUAUAUCAAAAUGUUUUUUAUAUUGACAUAUAAAAAAUAUAUUCGCUUGUUAUAUAGAAAUAGUAUGUGUUCCAUGCAGAAAUAUUAUUUAUAUAGUAAAAUAUGCAAAUUAUUUUUCAAUUUAUAAAAUUCAAUUUUAUUAUAUAUAUAAGAAAUAUAUUUUUCUAUACAACAUUUAUUAUUGUUCUACAUAUCUAAUGUUAAAAUCUUUGAAAGGCGUUACUGCCAAGUGCACUACUUUGUUACUGUCAAUUGUUAAGUUAUUAUUGAUAGGCACACAUGCGCAACAUUAGAGCUCAGACAAUAAGAGGUAUAAAGAACAAGGAAUUGAACAUAAGGAAUUAAGCAAAAGUAGGAUGAAAAGUCUCAUUGUGUCUGUUUCUGACUUUUGCCUAAUUCCUAAUAUUUAAUAUCCUCAUUUCUUUACCGUGUCUGAGCCCUUAAAGAAACAAUCGAUUUGGCGUAAAAUUUUAAUGAAAAAUUCUAGGGCAGUCGGGUUAAGGGUUAAUCGAAAAAUAACCAGUUGUCUAUCACGCGCCCUACAUGUAUGACUAUGAGAAUUUUAUGUAACAAAUUCCUUUGUAUAUAAUAAAAUAUAUGUAUUAUAUUGAA